GAUUUGUCGUCCCAUUCGAGCGCAGGAAUGUCGGACUAAGAGAUAAUGUUUCGAAAAUUGAGCGGCCACCUGCUUCGCUGCAGUAGUCAAGUUCGCAGAUUAUCCGCACAGCAGCGUCAACGCCACGAAGGAGCAGUCAAUGGUCGUUCGGGGAGACUCCUGAUUGCAGCCGGAGCGGGAACUGCAACAACUUUAUACCUUCACUACAGAUCAAGGCAACCGCAUUUGAGUGGUGGCUUCCUCCCCGAGGUGCAAGCGAAAUCGCGUGCUCAGAAGGACGAGAAUUCCAAAGCCAAUGAGGAGGAGAAAGAUGAGAGUUCAGAGAAGAUCGGCAAGCCUGGAUUUCGGGAAAGAAAGAUCAUUGAGUACGAGAAUCGAAUACGUCAGUACUCAACUCCCGAUAAAGUAUUCCGCUACUUCGCCUCGAUCAAGGUUCAGUUCGAAAACGGAGAAGUGGAGAUUUUCAUGACUCCCCAGGAUUUCUUGAGAUCCAUCACGCCGGGCAUCAUGCAACCGCAAGGUUAUGGUCUCGAUCGCUACAAAAAGAUCGAUGCCAAGAACAUCUCUUCCAAAACGAAUCCAUGCAUUUCGCCAAAUUAUUCUGCAUUCCCGGCUCCGUUCCAAGGAAUGUCCGAGAACAGCGUUUUCUAUCGUCUGUCCGCGUCGGGCCUGAUCUCCUUCUCGGACUACAUUUUCUUAUUGACGAUCUUGUCGGCCUCGAAGCGACAUUUUGAGAUCGCUUUCCGAAUGAUCGACCUGAAUGGUGAUGGGGAUAUCGACUACGAAGAGUUUGAGAAAGUUCAAGCAAUCAUCCGGAACCAGACCAGUAUUGGGAGUCGCCAUCGAGAUCAUCAGGGCACCGGGAAUAUCUACAAAGGGGUCUCGUCAGCGCUAUGUACAUUCUUCUUCGGCGAGGAUCUCGACCAAAAACUUACAGUCGACAGAUUCCUCGAGUUCCAGAGAGAACUUCAGACCGAAAUACUGACGCUUGAAUUUUUACGCCAUGAUCCCAAAGACGGGAAAAUUCCCGAAUGGGAAUUCGCUGAGCUCCUCACGACAUACGCAGGAUUGAGCGACAAGCGGAAGAAUAAAAUGAUGAAACGUAUAGAGAAACACUUCAAAGACCGAUCCGAGGGCAUCACGCUCUUCGACUACUUGCAGUUUUUCCAUUUACUCAACAAUAUCACCGAAGUCGACACCGCUCUCACAUUCUACCACAUAGCCGGUGCUUCAAUCGAUCCCCCCACCCUGAAGCACGUGGCACAGACAGUUGCUCAUGUUGAACUCCGGGAUCACGUCGUUGAUGUUCUGUUUGCACUUUUCGACGAAAACAUGGACGGACAGCUCAGCAACAAGGAAUUCGUUUCCGUGAUGAAGGAACGACUGCAUCGAGGUCUCGAGAAACCCAAAGACACAGGUUUCGUGAAAUUGCUUUCAUCCUUCGCAAAAUGCGCAAUUCCUAAGAAGGCCACAGCGACUGUUACUGAUUUAGCAACAUGAAUUAAUUGUUGGAUUCCCGAAGCUAAGAUGAAGUGUGCCGAGAAUGGGGUCCACCUCUGGGACGAGUCAAGACUCAUCGGGCAUGUUGGAGGGCUUAUUCGCUUCGCGCUGUUUUCUGCAGUAGAAGUCUAAAUCAAUAAAAAGCUUUAGCCCUCAUAAUAAUCGAAAUGAGUGUCGCCCUCGGUGGAUGAGUCG